AAGUCCCGAACAGAGAACAAAAAACAGGUUUUGGUAGCAGCAUUUUGCUUGUUCCUUCUUGAAUGUUAGAUGUUAGACAAAUCUCUGAGAUCUUGAAACUUAAACGUAUUUGCAUCAAGUCGUGAUUGAAUGGUACAGCACUAUAUGUAAGUCUGGAUCGUGAAGUCAUUGGGAUGCGUGUAUUCUAACACUAGGAUAACGUAACUUUGCUAGCAUGAGCAGCCGAGAUAAGAGCAAUAGCGCGAAGAGAGUAGGAUCACGUCUGGGAACGGAAGAAACCAAGGCAAAAUGGAGCUUGUACAGCUAUUCUCUGGAGAGCCUUAUUGAGCAGUUCCCCCUUCCUCGUGUGGCGCGCUGCAACGUCCAGACGCUGUUUACAAAGCACCGCAACCCCCUACCCGUCAACCUGGGUCAGCCCAUGCUCUUGUUUGACAACCGCUCCAUACGUAAGCUUCUGGCUCGAAACGUUCUAUGGAACAGAACCAACCACAGAUAUGCCGAAACUGAUGAAACUGUUGUCAUCCCUGAAGAUUAUGAAGGACACUUUGUUCGGCUGCGCUCAAGAACAGCGAAGGACCAUUCUGUUCACCCGUCUAUCGAGUCUGUAGCGAACUACAAACUUCCCGCAUUUCUCAACCUGACCUUGAUGACGGCUUUCAAGGUCGCCAAUGACAAGAACAGCAAUGACUACCCGAGACUGGAAUACGCGCCCGGCAACCUCUUCAUCGUGGAGCGGGUCAUCAAGGGGACGGCCAGGGUGAAGCAGGAAUCGAAGCUAUUCAAGAUGGCGGAACACGCCACGAUGGACGUGUUUUACCUCAAGUGUCACGACGAGCGACAGAACACGCUGCUGUUACCGCUCUCCCAGCGAGGAGAGUUCGUCGAGAUCCUCACCAAUCCCAACGACAAGGGGACGCUCUCCUCCAGAAGUGAUGACAUCAUCGCGACGCAGAAGUAUCCGCUCGUGGUCAGAUACGUGUACGGCGGCUCCAAGCCGCGGUUGACCUCAUUCUCAGGGCUGUUCACCCUUCUGGAUUCUUUCCACGAAACCACCGUCAUGGCAUGUAGUCUGUACGGGCCUCACUUCAUCAUCUGGGAAUUCCCCUUGUCGUCCCCUCUUCAGUUUGAACUUGCUGUCAACAACAGCGACUUGAUGCACUUGCCCAUCGUGAAAAGCGCCAUUCAGACGUGCAAGUCUAAAGGCAGCGUAUUCCAAAAGGAUAUAAAGUUUAAGUAUAAAUUUGCUCAAAGAUAUUCGGAAACGUUACGCGAUAAAAGUUACUGUGAGGAAAAUGGCGAUUUGGACCCACCAAGCGCUCGAAGUAGUGCUCGCUUGGGAAUAACGCAGACCUAUAUUUAUUUGUAAGACAAAACCAAACAGCAUACCUUUAUGUAGUGUGGCAGGUGGACUGACAUCAAGUACAAGUUUUAAGGAACAAUUUUACAUAGUUUUUUAAAACGUAUUUACUCUCACCACCCACAGAUAACGAGGAUAUUUUUAUUUUGAAAAUGUUAUGUAAACUGUACAAAAAUAAAUGUAAUUUUAGAAUUUA